UUUCGUCAACAAAUUGUGGUCUAUACAGAUUUAGAUAAACGAAAAAUUGUCAUUCGGAGAAAGAAUACUGGGAUGUGGGAAACUACAUAAAUAAUCAAAUAAAUUUGUUUGCAAACUUCUGUGAAAUGGAUAUCAACGAUACCUUCUAUGACGAUUUAUCAUCGUUCAUAUCUUCCCCAAAUGACUAUGGUAUCGAUCAUGCGGAUUUUGAUGACAUCCUAAGCUCGACGAUCUCUCACUUGGAUCCAGCACUGGAUCUCAACGAUUUAAUAUCGCAAAGUCAGGAAACUCCAGCCCAGAACGACAUAUUUAAACCCAAUGCAUUGAAAACAUCAACAACAAGUUUAAAAAGUUUGGAAACAGGCUAUAACAACUCCUUAAUGUUAUUUGAUAAUCAAAGUGAAAGCAAAAAACUAUCUACAAACUUAUCUGAAGCGCCCGUGCUAUUACCUAAUUUAAUUCAUGAUGGUUAUACAACCUCAGAAAUUGAAUUAUUAACGCGUGGCAAUUUAUUGGUGCAUUCAUUAAAUAGAAAUACGCCUUCUCCAACUGAAAGCUGUGGUAGCUUUAGCGGCAGCUCUACAAGUGGCGUUCAUAGCGAUACUUCAGAUUUUUGGCAACUGAAAAAUUCUGUAUUUCCUACACAAACAAAUACUCGAUUAUCAGUUGGACAAAAUGUUGUUAAAAACGAUCAAAGGGCUCAACAAAAUUUGAACAUUUCUUUACUUCAAAAAUCAUCAUCUAAUAUCGAUUCGCAAGUCUCAAUUAAUAAUCCGUUCGAGAUACAUGAAUCAUCUGAUGCUACGACAAUAGGCACCCAAAUCAAAGAAAAACGACGCUUUAAAGAUGAAACUUUGAAGCCGAUAUCAACAGGUGUCAACAAAACAAAAACAAUAUUUUUGUCCUCAAAUGACUACAAAGAGCUCGUACAUAAAAUAAACUUAAAUGAGAAAAAAAGCCUUAAGCCCAAUGGAAAUACAAAACCACAUAUUCCAAAAAUAGUCGUCAAAAUCGGGAAUAGUAAAACACAGUGGCACCAAAACAAUAUACAGUGUAAAAAUCUCACGAAAGCACAAAAUCAAAGCAAAAAUGAAUGCAUAUUUAAUGGUGGAAUCGAUGAAAAGUUGUACAAGAAACACCAGAGAAUGAUAAAAAAUCGUGAAUCAGCUUCCUUGUCAAGAAAAAAAAAAAAAGAAUAUGUUGUCUCCUUAGAGACUCGAAUCAACAAUCUUGAGAAAGAGAAUCACAGAAUUAAAGGGGAAAAUCUGACAUUGCGAAAUCAGCUUAUUAGCUUGGUCAAAAAUUGUAAGUGUCGAAAAGGAAAUGCCUGUGAAUUCUUACUUCACUCAAUAAACCAAGCCAGCAAACAAGAGCAUGAGGUGAAAAUUGCACCCAAGCCAGCUUCAAAAAGUAUUCGACAGCAUAUGAAUGCUGCAACCGUAAAAAAAAAUGUUGCAGUACUAUUCGCGAUGGCUUUUAUGGUUACUUUAAAUGCUGGAAAUUUCAAAUCAUAUUUGGGAUCACAAAAAAGCGCUGAUACAUUAGUAGAAGGCCCUGACGCUAAUAUAGAUAAGUCCAUUUCAUUUGGACGUCAACUUCUUUGGGUGGAAUCUGAAGAGGAAUAUAAUGAGAAAUUAAAUCGAAUCAAGAAUGAAUCGGAGAAAUUAGUGAUGCCUCCUUUACAUUUUUUACGGAGCAGCAACGGAUCAAAAAAUGCCCACUGGAACUAUACAUCAACACAAGGAAACAUAAAAAAACAUCCGCCUCUUAAGUAUACCACGCUUAAAUGUCAUAACUGUGCAUCGACUAACACUCAGGCCAACUUAUCUGACUAUUCUGGGUUGGCUGUUAACUUGAAAAAGCUAAUUAAUGGAAAUGGCUACCAUAAUUUAAGUAUGCAUUCAAGAUUUGCCAAUAUACAGAACCCAAAUGGAUUUAAGCUCACAUCAGAUUAUAUGCAACUGCCCGAUAUUGCGAGAACAACGACAAAUAUUGGGAAACGAAAAAUAUUUGUCGGAUAUAAUGACCGGUUACCAGAUAUUGUAAAUAAGCGUCAAAAAAUAGGAUCCAAAAUUAUUGAUAGCAAAAAAAACAUUACUAAUGAGACAGGUAAUUUCUUAAAGGGUAUUAAACAGCAAGAAAAUACUUUUUAUGUAUUGUCUCUAAAUAAAGAAAACAUACUUCUGUCAUCAUCAGACUAUAAUAAAAAUGUUCGCCCUAAGAUGUCGUUAUUUCUUCCUACCGGUGAUCCUUCUCAAAAUGGAGACAUCAGAAUGAUGCAAAUUGAUUGCGAGAUUUUUGAUACUAGUGAGUUUGAAUUAAAAUCUCACAUGAUCCCCGAAAAGCUACGUCCAAAUACUACUAUGUGGCAAUUAAACUCAAAAAAUUCAAAAAAUGACAUUAAUAUUGAUUACACAACCAAUAAAUUGCAAAAUUCAACAAUGAAGUAUGAAAAACCACGAGUUCGUACAUAUUUUAUGGUUGGACCUAAAAAUCAGGCAGACGCUUCAGCUUCCCUUGAAAAGACACGAUUGGUUGAAUUAAAAAACAGCAUAAUUAAAAGUAGCAAAUUACUAUCAGGCAACUAAAAUACAAUUGUGUUUUUAUAUUUCUAUGUUAUCUUAUAUUAUUAUUUUAUGGUACCAAAAGAUUGCGCUAAUAUACCGAUUGGCAAAGGAUAAUUAGAAAAUUAUAA